AACACCAAACAAAAUGGCAAUUAAGGAAGAAAAUACAACUGCUGCUAGAGGAGAUCAAGAAGAACACAUGGAUGUUGAUUCCGCUUCAGAAGUUGAAGAAAUGGAAGAAGAAGCUUCUGAGGAAGAAGCAGAAGAAGAACCCGACGUUACUGCUGCUGCUGAUAAAUUAGAGAUCGUAGGAGCUCAUGGUGACCCAACCGCUUUAACAUUUUGCUUUAAAGAAGAAGAUCAUACCCUCGGCAAUUCACUAAGACACAUUGUAAACAAAAAUCCCAACGUUGACUUUUGCGGUUAUUCUCUUCCCCACCCUUCAGAAGCCAAAAUGCAUUUCCGUAUUCAGACUACAGACAAGACAACAGCCAUUGAUGCUUUAAAGACUGGUCUUCAAAAUCUGUAUGAUGUGGUUGCCCAUGUACGUAGCGCAUAUGCAGAAGACUUGGCAAAGAAAGAAUAUGUUGAAUUUGAAGAAACUGCAUAAUUAGAAUAAAAAUGAUACUUGUACACAUUAAUAAACCCAAAGAAACAUAUAUGCAUUGGAAAUGAAUAAACUAUUAAUUAAAGUGUCUAUUGUGC